AUUACAUCUUCUUCUCCACUUCUUCUUUCAAUAUGCAGAGCCAUAUUAUCUUUGCCUCUCUCGAUUACCAUAUUUAAGAGUAGUAUCGUAGUGGUGGAGGAAGAGAAGUGGAUAAAGCAUUACAGCAGCCGGCAUAGCAUACUCUUAUUCGGAGAAGGAGACUUCUCCUUCUCCGCUUGUCUCGCCUUGGCCUUUGGCUCCGCCGCCAACAUCAUUGCUACAUCCCUUGAUUCUCAAGCAAUUGUGAUGAUGAAUUAUGGGAAUGCUAUGUCCAACAUAGAAGAAUUAAGGAGGAGAGAUGGAAAGGUGCUGCAUGGGAUCGAUGCUACUGAAAUGGCGAAUCAUGAACUACUCCGACAGCUUAAAUUUGAUCGCAUUAUAUUCAACUUUCCUUAUGCUGGACUUUACAAGAAGAGCAUCCCAACUGAAUCCCAGCUUAGUCUUCACAGGGAACAGGUGAGCAAGUUUCUGAUGAACGCGAGGAGUAUGAUCAUUGAAAGCGGUGAGAUUCAUAUUUCGCAUAAGACGAAUAAUUUCCAUGCCGACUUUGAUGUGGAGAGCUUUGCUUCUUCGCACGGCCUCAGACUUAUAGAGGCUGUGGCAUUUAAACGUGGUGAUUAUCCGGGCUACAACACAAAGUAUGGAUUCGGGGGUGAUGCCAACUUCGAUUGCAACCCUAGUAAAACCUUCAAAUUUGGGCUUAAUUAA